AAUAACGGUACAAUUAGUCAGAUGAACUGAGGGGGGGACACGAGAGUGACUGAGUGAGAGAGAGAGAGAGAGAGAGAGAGAGAACGGAAAUGGUGAAAUCAGGACGUUGAGAUUUGAGAGGCGGUGAGAAGAGGGUGAGAUUUUUCUUGUGUUUUUUUGGGUUGGCGAAGAUGACGACGGGGAUGGUGCAAGACCAGAAUCUGGAGAAGCAUAUAGAGAAGCAGAUGGGUUGCAUGGCCGGGUUCCUUCAGAUCUUCGACCGCCACCAGAUUCUCGCCGGAAAAAGACUCUAUUCAGCCAAACGCCUUCCUCCUUCCGUCUCGGUAGAUUCUCCGCCCGAGUCAGAGAAGUCCGUUGGAUCUCCAACGGUGUCCAGGGAAUUGGAAAAGCAUCACAAUGCCAAAUCAACUCCCUCACCGGACCGAUUGAAGAAACCUCCUGUGGCAAUGGAGCUUCGAUCUCCUGUGCCGGAGAAUCACAACUCGCCGGCGUCGGAGAGUCUUCCGCCGAAGUCUCCUCUGCCUCUUCCGGUAUUUGAUUUUAAAGAAGGUACCAGAACGUCGUGGAAGUUCGCCAGAGAAGCUCCUAGGCUCUCUCUGGAUAGCAGGGCCACUGUGGACGCUAAGGGAAGCCUCUACCCGAGAGAGAUCAGAACCAACGCAGCGAUAUUGUCCGCCAAUCGAUGCGAGAACUCGACCAGUGGUGAAGACGACUGCGACAAUCAACGUCGAUCGCCGAGCGUGAUUGCUCGGCUGAUGGGACUGGAACCGUUGCAGCAUUCAGAUCCCGAACCGGUGAAGAAAGCCGAGCUGAGGAGAUCUGCUUCGGAGUCUAGAGUUUCCAAGGAUCUGUAUCAGUACCGCUUCGUUGACGGCAACGCUUUUUCGGCGAAACAACAAACCACUCACGCUAACUUUUCCGGCAAUGUAGUCAGAGACAAUGCUGUUAGAGAAGAUCGGAGUAUUUGCAAACUCAGACAGGCAGAUCCGAAAGCGUAUGUGAAAGCAGAUCCGACAAAAGCUCAACACCAUAAAGGGAUUGGACAGAGGAAGAGCUACUUUGAUUCGGCUGACUUCUUUCCUGAGCCUAAACAAACUUCAUCUGUGUACAGUGAGAUCGAGAAGAGGCUAAAAAUGCGAGGAAUCGAUGAGCCUGCCAAGGAUUUGGAGACUCUGAAACAAAUCCUCGAAGCUCUGCAACUGAAAGGUCUACUGCAUUCCAGGGCGCCAGCUUCAAACCAAAUCGAUUACAGGAACUUCGUCUACGACAGGAGUUUCUCGAACGACGAAUCUCCCAUUGUCGUCAUGAAGCCGGUCAGAUAUCCGGCACCGACUAGUCGUUCGCCGAGGUUUGUCGGCAACGAUUCACCGCCUCCAUCAAGUUCUCGAUCGAGACCUACCGGUGACCGACGUAACCUGAAUCCCGCCGGCGACGCAUUGCUGGCGGUGAGUCCUAGGCGUGACCGGCGGGACAUCGACCGGAGCACGCGGAAUCAAAGCCCUAGCAGAUACUCUAGCUCGCCGGUGAGGAGCGAGAGCUGCGUGAGUCCGAAUAGGAGAAGGCCGUUGAGCAUCGAGGUACAAAGAAAAGGUAACGACAUCGUAGAGCAUAGAAGAGUCUCUCCAGUCCACUCCCCUAAGCUUAAUUCGAGAAGGAUCGCAUCAGAGCAACAACAAACCCCAAACCGAUCACCAAGGAACAGGAAACCGACGGCGGAGAUGUACCGGAAGGAGACGAAAGUUUUACCUCCGGUGGAGGACGAAUCUUCUACGAUGUCGGAGGGUACCAUCAGUACGUCCACCGAUACAGAGAGAGCCAAAGUGGAGGAGUACAAGGAAGGAAGGAGUCUGUUGGAGAGGUGUGAUAAGCUGCUUCACAGCAUAGCUGAGAUCACUACAACCAACGAGUUACAAUCGAGUCCGGUUUCGGUUCUUGACUCGUCGUUUUACAAGGACGAGUCGUCUACUUCCCCUGUCAUGAAGCGGGCUAUUGACUUCAAAGAUCAACCAAACGAGUUGGAAGAUGAGACAAUAUGGGGAUCCGCACUCUCCUCGUCCAUUGACCAAUCAGAGGUCUGUGAUUUGGUCUACAUUUCGGAGAUCGUCCGAGCUUCCAAUUACUUACCGGAGGAUUCAGACAUUUUCCUAUUGCUAGAGAAGCAACAACAUCUCAAAGGAAACGACACCUCCAAAGUGUCCAGACUCCAAAGACGUCUCAUUUUCGACACCAUCACCGAAAUCCUCGACCGGAACCGGAAAUUGCCGCCGUGGAAGGUAGUCUCUCCGGCGAAGUCAACAUCGCUGCAGCAGAUUUGGUCGGAGUUUAGGAGGAUCCGAGAGAGAGAUGAAUCGGAGGACUUGUUCCAGGUGAUCUGUGGAGUGCUGAGGAAGGACCUAGAAGGAGAUGCCGUCCAUGGAUGGGGAGAUUGUCCAGUCGAAGUCUCCGAAGCCGUCUUGGACAUCGAACGGCUCAUAUUCAAGGAUCUGAUCGGCGAAACAAUCCGAGAUUUAGCUACUUUUUCUGUGAAAAGUUAUAAGCCCCUGUCAUCUUGUAGGAAGUUGGUGUUCUGAAAGCGAGGGAAAAAAGAGAAAAGAAACGUUGAAUGAAUAAUAUUUUUCGCGCGCUUUUUUUUCAG